AAGCUUCAGUUCCAGUGCAAAUUGAACUUAGCUAAAGCUGUUGGAGAAUUUCCUCUAAAAGGAUGAUUACGCUGAGAUUUCUGUAUUUCCACCUUGUUCACACUUGUGUUCUUACAUAUUUUGUUUGGAUAUCACAGAUGUUGGUUAUUAUUUUUUUUAAAAUACUCUAAUACCUUUAUGGAAUCCACUUACACUUAACAUGGACAAUAUGUAUUGUGGUGCCGCCUUAGUGUGAUGGGUAACACUGAUGUCUAACAACACACAGAUUAUAAAUUUAAAUCCCUGAAUUGACCAAAUUAUUUAAAGCAACCAUGAUUGUGCUGCUCCCACAGGGGUGGACUGUGCUUUUGAAUCAACACAGUGUAAUAGAGAGUAGAUAUACCUGAACAAAACAAUAUAAACCAGCACCUUAGUGUUUGACACAAUUAAACAACGAAAUGAAAUCACCUAAAUGCUGCAAACUCAGCAUUGCUGACAUAUGGAGUGGAAGGCUGCUGCCUCUCCAUAAAGGGACUCCUGGUUAAAAUCCAGCACUCUAUGUCAGCCAGAAACAAUUUCCUUCCUCACAUGUAAUGUAAGCUGUGCUUUUGAACAAUGAAACAGUGAAAUUAAAACACGUGAAAAGCAAACUCAGCAAUAUAAACCUAUGAAUUCCUUACUAAAAGGGGAAACUCGUGUUUUAGUGUUACCAGUUAAGGGUUGGUGGCAGCCUUGCACAGGAAUUCACUCUACACUGACAUCAAACUCCAUUUCCCAUGGUGCUUUGUCCCGCUCCGCAGUGAUGUGGGGUGUGGUGGUUGAACGAUUGUGUGUGUGUGUGUGUGUGUGUGUGUGUGUGUGUGUGUGUGUGUGUGUGUGUGUGUGUGUGUGUGUGUGUGUGUGUGUGUUGCGUACCGGAGGGGAACCCUGUCUCUCCGCACAAACCGAGAAACGACAGCCGGGUUCGGAGCAUCAAUGAGCGGUGGACAGGAGGAUGCAGACGGCGGUUUGUGACGGAUCUACCGGGCAUGUGGAAACGAGGACGACAUGAUUGUAGGGGCUACAUUCAUUGAUUUUGAUGUCGAUGUUGCUGGAUUUUCUUCCACCGAGUGAUUUUGGAUGUGAGGAGGGAUCUGCAAUGGAGCGUCGAUCCAGUGCGUGAGAUUUGCCGACCGUCUGCCUGUUUGUAAAUUGAUAUCACAGACAAUAAGAAAAGGAGAUUAGCUAUUAGACACGCUGGUCUCCUCUUUUUGUUUUAAAUCUUACAGGGGUCUGCGUUUCUUGGCACUGUUGGUGUUUUCUUUUAUGAUAUAAUGAAGAAGCCAUACUGAAUCUGUUAUUAAUGAUAGAGGAAUCUAUGGUAACACAAUUCACAGGCAGACGGAAGGCCAAUUAAAGGCACCCUUAGUAUUUUUUUUUAUUAUUUUUAUCCAUAUACUAAAUAAAUUGAUUAUUUUUUGUUGGAAAGAGAAGGCAGCCAUGUCAAAAAAUAAAAGCAGUGAGUCAGUGAAGGUGGUAGUUCGAUGCCGUCCUCUGAGCCGGAAAGAGGAGUCCAGUGGGCCUCCAGGAGGUAUCAUACAGAUGGACCUCCGGCUUGGACAGGUCAUCCUCAGAAAUCCUCGAGCACCAGCUAGUGAACCUCAGAAAACAUUCACGUUUGAUGCUGUCUAUGAUGCCAACUCCAAACAGCGAGACCUCUACGACGAGAGUGUACGACCGCUCAUUGAUUCAGUUCUUGCAGGGUUCAAUGGCACCAUAUUUGCAUAUGGGCAAACUGGGACUGGAAAGACAUACACCAUGCAGGGGGCUUGGUUGGACCCAGAAAAAAGGGGGGUGAUUCCCAACGCUUUUGACCACAUCUUCACACAUAUCUCCCGCUCACAAUCUGAUAAGCAGUAUCUAGUGCGAGCGUCCUACCUCGAGAUCUACCUGGAGGAGAUUCGGGAUCUCCUGGAUCCAAACCAUGGCAGUGCCAGAGCCCUAGAGCUAAGGGAAAGUCCAGAUUCAGGGGUGUAUGUCCGUGACCUCACAUCGUGUGUCUGUAAAAGUAUCAAGGAGAUCGAGGAGGUGAUGAAUGUAGGGAACCAGGCAAGGGCAGUUGGAGCGACAGACAUGAACGAACACUCGUCCAGAUCCCACGCCUUGUUCUUGAUCACAGUGGAGUGCAGCCAGCCGGGUCCAGAUGGGAGGAAACACAUCCGAGUUGGGCGCCUCAACCUAGUGGAUCUGGCUGGAAGUGAGCGGCAGGCCAAAACUGGCGUCCAGGGUGAGCGCCUGAAAGAAGCCGCCAAGAUAAACCUAUCCCUGUCUGCACUGGGGAAUGUGAUCUCAGCGUUGGCUGAUGGGCGCAGCGGCCAUGUGCCGUAUCGGGACUCCAAACUGACCCGGCUCUUGCAGGACUCUCUGGGUGGUAAUGCAAAGACAGUCAUGGUCGCCACUUUAGGCCCUUCUGCGCAGCACUAUGACGAGACCCUCACAACCCUCCGUUACGCCAACCGCGCCAAGAACAUCCAGAAUCAACCAAGAGUCAAUGAGGAUCCUAAAGAUGCCCUCCUGCGUGAGUUUCAGAGGGAGAUCGCUCGACUCCGGGCGCAGCUUAACCACAGGAAGUGGAGGAGCAAGCAAAAGAGAGAGGGGCAGGUGGAUGCAGAGGGAUGGGAGCGAGAUGAGGAUGGAGAGAUGGAGGGAGAGGAUGAAGGUGUGGAGAUGGAGAAGGAGGCGAAGGAGUAUGUGGAGCUGGAAGAGCAAAGGUUGGAGAGGGAGAAGGAGGCCAUCAGAGAGGACCAGUUCCUGCUGGCUGAGGAGAAGCAGAGGCUCCUGGGGGAGAAGGAGAGGAUGAUGGGAGAUCUGAGGAAGGAGCAGGAGGCUACUGAGCAGCUGACCGCCAAGUACAAGGUGAGACCUGUGUCACUCAUUCAUUCACUACAUACACAAUACAUUUUGGUGUGAAACAGACAAAUAUGAGACAAAAUAUGAAACCGUUUAAAAAAACACAUCAACUGCAAAAACACUUUUCCUUUCACACAGACACACUCAAUCCAGGGUGUAAGAUUUAAGACAUGCAGUCUAUGGGAUUAUAAUGUGUGAUAAUCCCAUGAGCUCUGAUAAGUGACAUUUUAGACGGACACAUCUGGAUCUUAAAAUUGAAUUACAGCCCAGGAUUUGUCUCAGUACGAGGUACACACUCUCCUGACAUCAACUGGGACUUCAUCAAUACCAGAUAUUGAUGAUGAAUGUCAGUGAAAAAGCUGCACUCCACUUUAAAGGGGCCCUACAGUAUUAUGCUGGUCCUUAAAGCUGAACCCUUGUUGGAUCCAAAACAGUAAGUUAGGAUAAGAUAAACCUUUAUUUAUUUGUUCCACGGUGAGGAAAUCAAAGCCAGUUUAGCAAAGAGUCAAACAUCCAGAUAUUUGGCCUUUGGACUGAGUGCAAUACUUUAUCAAAACACUGGAUUUCCCAUAGUGCCACACAGUAGUCAUUAUGUUUGCCUACACAGUUACAUUUGACUGCUGCUAUAGCUCAAUUAGGUGAUUUAACUAGACUACUGUCUUAGUCCAGUAGAUAAGGAUUAAUUUAUUGACAAAAUAUGUCCACCUUCAUCAUGAAUAGCUGUGAUAUGCCCAGUGGCGGAGUUUAAUUGGUUUCGUUGUACUAUUUGGAAGUCAUUGGAUAUUAAUUUUCCAUACUUAUGUAAACCAAACUAUAAGGUAAACCUUUUUAGAUUGGGUGAUGCCAGAUCUCAAUUUAGAAAUCAGUCAAACCCUGAUGCAUUAAGUGUCUCCAGCAGCAGCACCUGUGCUUCAGCUGACAGGUUUGUGUCAUUAUGUACCUGCUUUUCUUGCUCCAUGGUCUGAUUGACUGUCUCAUUUGUCCAGACAGGAAUUGGUGACCACAGUAGCUUAAAAUGCCAGUUGUCUCUCACACACAUUCACACUCACACACAGAGGCAGCUAUCAAGGCUGGGAGAGGGGGCUGAGAGCAGAGCUGCAUUAAUUACUUGCUCUGAUUCAUGCAUAUCCAGUCAAUAAGUCAUCCGUGCAGAAAGACUGAGCGACUACAGUCUAUAGCCUGCACCAUCUCUCCAGACUCUGCUAGAUCAGCUUACUGAGCUGCAGCAAACUGCUGGAGGCUCCAACUGAAGGAAAUGAGAGGAGGACAGGAAUAUUUCUGGUGGGAACAAUAGAAAAGCAGGUUAGGCUUGUGAAGAAAAAUCCCUGCCAGUAUCCUCUUUUCCUGUUGUCAUAUGGAGAUGAUCCAUAAAUUCUUAGUUUUCAGAUUUCCUCUAACCCACCAGAGAGUCUGUAGCAAGUCCCUGGUUGGAGGUGUGAAGUUGCUUUAAGCCGUGAUGAUACACUGCACUAUGUAGGAGGAGAGAGCCACAGCAAGGGAAGUGCAUUAACAGAGGGAUAGCUUCCACUUUGGAGAGGGUUUGAGUCAUCCUCUUAUCUUAAAAUAAAGCCUGGUUUGUUGCUUUGUUCAGUCUGGGCGGCUGUUGGUAUAAGGCUAAUUGACCAGUUUGCCCCACUCUUGUUUAUAUAGUUUAAGAUUGGACAGUUGUUUUUGAUUGGCACUAGACAUAAAACUACGUAAUAACAUUGAUAUUUUCUCCUUUCUUUACUGUGAAUUUUUAUCCAAGUCUGCUAUAAGUUGAUUUUGGCACCCCUUGUGGGCAGAGCAGCAAGUAUUGUUGUUUUUUCACAGAGAAGUCAGAUAAUCUUUAAAUAAGUCAAACAUAGAAACUCUGAGGAAAAUACAGAAUAUGCUGUUCGGGUUUCGGUGAGGUUUUCAGAUGAGCAUCCUGAAGAAACAGCCUUAUACCACUGCAGAUAUUCAAAAAGAGGGGUCAGUUUUAUUGGAAGAAGAAGCCAUGGUAAAAUUCGCAAAAGAAAAAAUGUGUUUUUUAGACAGGUACAAGACAAGAUCAGUAAAGAUGGCCUGAUGUUGUUAGUUACUAGGUGUUCUUCUGUGUAUUUCUGAAGUUUGAAGGCACUGUGAGGAAGCACGUUAAAGGGCUGUUCCAGCUGUUAAGUUAGGGUCAAACACACAGUAACACCGGGUUAGACUGGCCCUCGAGAGAUGAAUGUUGUCGACCGCUUGCUUCUCUAGUUAUACCAUCUUUAGGAACAACCACACGAUAGCAGUACACAGCGGUGUAAACCUCUACCAAAAAGCCACUCUAAAGGCAAAACAAAAUCAGCUUCUCCUCUCUGAGCAAAGGUAUGAGGUUUAGGAGGUUCCCAUGAAAACAAUGUAUGUCCUGAUCUUUUGCCCUCAGACUGCAGGUGAGCUAUCUCAGAUUUCCUCACAUCUUCAUCUUCUUCUCCAAAGCACCACGAGCUGAUAGUGAUUUCUGCUUAAAUCCUCUGUGAUCACACAGCACAGUUCUGGUUGCUGCUGCUGCUGCUGCUGCUUUGUGUGUGUGUGUGUGUGUGUGUGUGUGUGUGUGUGUGUGUGUGUGUGUGUGUGAGUGUGUUUGAUGCUGACUGGGUGUCUGCUGACUUAUGUCAGUGCAGAGAAUCAGCAAAACAUCCUCCUCCUCUCCCCCGCCAGAGACGGAGACGAUUAAGGUAAAGAGGUAUUUCCUUUUUAUGGUGCUGUUGAUCCCCCUCACAUGAAAACAUUAGUCAUGUGAGAACCAUUUAAGUUUUUUUAAGUUUCGAACUAUAGUUUUUCAAAGUCUUAAGGGAAAGGGUUUCAUUGCAUAAAGUAGAUUUAAUAGACUCUAUCAUAUUAGUUGCUAUUGAAUGAUGGGAUCAAUCCACUUUUUGGUUAUUGCCCCCCUGGCAGCUUUGCUCGGUUUUACAAAUAAUCCAUAGAGCUCCAUUAAAGUCUAAAGACUAAUAAAAACAUGAAUGACCGGCUGUUACUGUGGAUGACAUAACAUUACUUUCAUCACAGUGAACACACACUGGAGUUUCGUUUGAGGCAAUUCUUCACACACCAUCCUGCUGCCCCAAAUACUCACUAGAGCACCAAAUGUGUCUUAAUUUGAUGCUGAAAGUGCCAAGUCUGUGUUAAAGGUACAGUCUGUAGAAAUAAGAAUAUUUAGAUAUAUCUAGCAGUAAGAUUCCAGAUUAAAUUCCCACUAAUUGUUUUUCUUAAGAAUGAAGUAUUUUUAACUUUUAAAAAGGUUUAAAAUUGCUUAAAUUUGCAAUACUAUGAGAAUUAUUGAAACUGUUGAUUUGUUUUGCUUCAGUUUUUAUAUACAAACUUUGUCACGUUUUGUAAGCACUUAUAAAUUCAAACACAGUAACAAAUCAAUCAUGUUUAAUUAUGUAAAAUAAAAAAAUAAAUAAAUGAAAAGGACAGUGCGUCAUCAAAUAUUUCCAUAAUCCUAUAACACUUCACAGUCUGAUCAAUCAGCCUUGUCCAACAGACUCUGGCCCAGCGCUCCUCACAGCUUUCCUCUGAUUGGGUAAUUCCACUAACAGCCAGCCAAUCACAGGAUAUAGCCUCAAGGUUCCAUUUUUCUCUCUUCUCCCUUCAGACCAAUGGGAGAGAGGUUGCCAGGCAGCAUCAAAGCCUCUGAGAGGAAGGCUGGAAACAUGGAGGAAAAGAGCUCAGACGUAGCCAAUUAUAGAUAAAAUCAAAUUGAAAGGAAAUAGAGUCCUGUCUCCUCUUCCUCCCGCUCUCUCUCCUCCUUUGAUACAUCCACACAGAUGCUCACAGCAGAUGUAAGUAGGUCAGGAAACAGGGAGGCUUGUGAAGCUAUGUUGGGUCAGCUGGUGUUUCUGCAGGGUGCUGUUGGCGAAUUGGUCACCAAGCUACAGCGCCCCAUCUGUGGACUGCUGUGUGGUCAUGUUAGUACAACAGUUGCCUGAUCUGCUUUAAGGGCCAACAGCUUGAUUAACAUAGGUUAUCUUAACAGUAUGAGAUACACAGAAGCCUUUCAGUAAUAGUUCAAGGCCUUCAAUAACAACCUACUUCCCUGCUGAGAUGCAGUUGAGGAAAUAUAAAGCAGCAUGACACUGAGUUUCUUCAAUACUUCAACUCUGAGGAUGUACAUGUCACCUUAGGGCUGUAACCUGGUACAUCCAGUUGUCUCUGUUAUGAAACAGUCAGGUAUGAGUACAGUCACUGAUGACGGCUCCAUGCUGAGCAGCAGUUUCUCAUAUUGAGGCUGCUGCUCGUCCGUCCCCACAGUGGGCUAUUCUUAGACCCUCUUUUCUGGGUCACAACGGCACCAUGUGCUGGAAAUUUCCCUCCUACACUCUACUUCUUUUUUAGGUAUCUAAUGCUUCUUUAAGAAGCAGUAAAUUACUUUUGACCUCGCUUCAAUCACACAACAGAGACAGACACGAAGAAGGGACGAUGGUGGCUUUAAGAGAAAGAAAAAUAAAGGCUAAAAAGGAGUUUUCUAUAAUUGUGGCAAUACAUUCAGGGAGGAAAUUACAUAAAGUAUAUUUAUUGAGACCUGUGUCAUCAUCCAGCUUGCCUCCCUUCAUAUUCUUGUCAUUCCCCUUUUGGAGCCAGGUUAUAGCUUAAUUAGGUAAAUUAUUGUUCUGCAACCAACCUUGUUCUGGUUGUCCUAUACCAGAACAAUCGACAAACAAGUUAGCACAAGGCUAACUAGUGGUAAGUCCAGCGGUGAAAACAUAAACAACUUUGCAGCUUUACUUUUCAUACAUAUUUACUCUAGUUUUGUCUCUUGUCCUCUUCCUGUGUUGAGGUUUUAUUUACUACCCAGCUUCUUUUAAUCGUAGACUGUGUUGUAGACAGAUGUGAGAUUGGCAAAGUUACCCAUUUUUAUGUGAAGUGACGUUUUGAAGCCUUUCGGUGGUGGUUACCAUAUUGGAAAUGCUGACUCAACCGAACUUUUGAUCAACCUCCCAGAGGGGGGCCUUCAAAUGCCUACAGUGUUCCUGCCUGUCAGUCAAUUCAGCUGUACAUCUGCUUCAUGAAUCUCUUAAGCUUGAUGUCUUUAAAAUGAAUGUGUUUGUGUGAUUUUAGUCAGAGAAAUACUGUAUGAUUUCAUGCAUUUUAAAAGCCCAGUUUGAGUCAGAUUUUCCAACAUCCUGCACACAUACUGAGAGAUAACGUCUUUGAUUUAUUCAGACUUAUUUUGUUUUGAUGUGGUUCUUUGGCAGAAAACAGGUCAGUGAGCCUCUGUGAAAACAUGCAAGUGUCACAUAGUGUGAAAUGGGGAAUGUAUUUAAGAGUUAUUAUGAGCUGGCGUGAGAAACUGUAAAAUGAUAACAGUAGGAAAGGGUGCUGGGAGCUGUAAGAAGGCCUGCUGUGCUGAAAAAACUCCUGGUUUGCCAAUGGGAUACAUGAUUUAGCAGCAUUAUGGCGUACCAGAGCAUGCAGGCCCAUCUAAAGCACUGCACUGAUGCCUAGUGAAACACCCUGUUCCUGAACUGUCUCUCUGUCUCUGGCAUGAAACAUCAUCUGCUCUUGUUUUCGCCUUAAGGUGAUCUAAAAAAAACGUACUUAAUUCACUCUUUUGAGAUCCUGCUUUCCAAACUCCACCUGCCUCCUCUGCUACUUGUUUGGCAGGUUUUCAAACUCCUGAGGAUCUCUUUCCAGAGAAACAGCACAGUAAAUAGACCAGAUUCAUGAAUCUUGAAUUAAAAGUCUGUUUGAAAAUAUGGAUAGAAAUCCUUGAAAAUUUGACUUUUCUGAGUCUAAUUUAUGUUAAGUAAACUGUAAAAGAGUGAAUCUGGUUAACCAAGGCUAUAAAUAACAGACUCUUCUGUGGAAAGCUGUCCAGAUGAAGAAUAUGGGUGGGGAAACCCUGAGAGUUUUCUCUCCAGCUCUUUUAAUAUUUUCAUUUGUGCACAGAUUCUUCUUUUCAAGACUCUGAAACAAACAGAUGAGGAGAGCGUGGCCGUGAACAGAGCAGUGACUGAAACCGAAAAACAAGCACGCUAUUAUUAUUGCGGUGAAUGCAUCACUUAGUCUUUGUUUUGCAUGACGGUUUCUUCUUUCUGCAUCCUCCAGCUGAAAAUGCAUCCAAUCAGAAGUCAGGGGUAGAAACAAUGCCCAUUGCCUCAUGGGGGAUAUCGUCAGCAUAACACACCAGCUGAAACACACACACACACACACACACACACACACGGCAGCUUUCCACAUGUACGUACACACUUCUGUGUAUGGGUAGAAUGGCUGUUUCCUGUUUAUGAGGCUGCUUUCCUGUCUAAUUAGAGGAGGAAAACGGCUGGACAGAAAGAUGGAGGUCAUUGUGUGUGCAUAUGUGUGUUUGAGUGUGUGUUUGGGUGUUUGUUUCUAAUGAGAGAGAUCACAUCGCCACUCUCCAUCUUUCAGCUUCGAAAGCUGCAUCGCUGAAAUAUUGAUGAAUCUGCUCUGUGUGUGUCCAUGUGUGUUUGUGUAUCUGUCUGUGUGUGUCUGUGCGUCUACAUGAGGGCUGAAAAGAGCUAAAUCGUUUCUUGAACAAUAUACACUCCUCUUUCUCUAAAGGGAAAGCAGCACACAAGUGAUGAAAUAAUCAAAUAUUUAUGGUGUAGAUGGAGAUUUUGGAUUGGGGACAGAUGUAAUAUUUUUUUAAUCCAGUGACAGUCCAUCCUCAUCACAUUUCUAAAACAGUGAUGAAACACUUUUAACAAUUUAAUUCACACCUUUUUGUCCAAGUAUUAAGCGGAACAGACUCAGUAGAAAUAUCUAUCUAUCUAUCUAUCUAUCUAUCUAUCUAUCUAUCUAUCUAUCUAUCUAUCUAUCUAUCUCUAUCUAUCUAUCUAUCUAUCUAUCUAUCUAUCUAUCUAUCUAUCUAUCUAUCUAUCUAUCGAUAGAUAGAUAGAUAGAUAGAUAGAUAGAUAGAUAGAUAGAUAGAUAGAUAGAUAGAUAGAUAGAUAGAUAGAUAGAUAAUAGGGCUGAAAGAUAUAUCUUUAUUGUAUCUAUAUGUGGAUAUGAACAUUCAACAUUUUAAUAUCUCAAAAUCCACGAUUUCAAAGAUAAAGAUUGUCCAUGAGUUAUAAUCAAUAAAACCGCACUUUCCACAUCCUUGUGAAUUAUGAUAUUUUUAUUCUCCUGAAAAAUGCAUAAUUUCUUUUGAACCCAUAGUUAUAUUGUAUCCUAUUGAUAUCAAGAUAACUGGCAUGAAUAUUGAGAUAUAAAAUUUUGUCUGUAUGGUUUAGUCUUAAUAUGUGUUUUAUUUUCAGUGCUGAAAAUGCAGUUAGGAAGAUGGAGAAGCAGAGAGCUGUUGCUGUGCACAAAAGAACUGAAUCUUUUUGUUCUUGAAGGCCACCAUUUUUUCACUGAUGGGAAUGGCGAGCAAGGGAGCAAGUCAAUCUAGAAUCUGAUGCACCUCCAUGCUAUACAUUGUAAAAACAGACAUAUUAUUGGGACAUAAACAGUUUUAUGUUGUCAGUCUGCAACAGGGAAGGAAGUAAGUUCUUCCUUUGGUAUGUCUCUAAACUUUUAUAUUUGUGUUACAGUGUUGGGCAAGAUAAAAAGGCACAACAUGAAAACACAUGAUGUGAUGCAUGCAUAGUCACAUUGCAAUCAUGUCAUAAAUGUGAUAGGCUUAUCCUGAUCAGUGUCUAACAUGAAUCUGGUUCUGCUCAGGGUUUUUGCCUGUGAAAGGGAGAUUUCUCUCUCCUCUGUAACUUACUGAAUGCUGCAAAGCGCCACAUUUAAAAUGGGAUCAGAGUGGGUCUGAUCUUACAAGAUAGGUCUGAAUCUGUCUGCCAUCACACUUCUUUGACAUUUACAUUGAAGGUGAGAUGUAACAGAGGGAUGAACAGAGCGCCUUGUGAUGUCACCUGGUCUGUAUCACUCUGGAGGGAUAAAAGGAUGAUCUUCAGGUUAAUGUGGGCUUGUUUUCUGUGAUCUGAUGGUUGCUUGUCACUUCCUGUAUCUCUCUCUUAUAUUUAAUAGAAACAGGAGAUGACUGACAGAGAGUGCUGGCUAAUAUGAUUUUAGGCUAUAAGCUGUGGCUCCUUAAGUGGUUCAUGUUCCCCCUAGAUGCGAAACAGCUUCUCAGAGCUGCUGCCCUUUGCCUCUGUCUUGUACGCUCAGUGUCUCUUAUCUCCUCCUCUUUUUCCUCUUCCUCUUCUCCUAUGUUUCUGUCUGUUCUCAGCAAGCCUUCUGUCUCCUUGCUGCACACACUCGCGAUGUUGUCGUCACUUUGUAUUUAUAACGUGGUCACUCUCAGCAGACCAGGGCCUUGCUGUGAUUGGUUGGCUGAUGUGGAUAAGCCAUUUCAAUAUGUAACACUUCCCGUUCUCUUCGCUCUCCCAUCAGUAAAUGAAUCAGUCACAGCCAGAAGAAUUUCAGCACACGGUUUUGGGUAGAUUAUACGAACAGACAUGAAUAUGCAGACGGGCAUAUGGGAGCAAUCAGAAGCUCCAGGGAUAGGGUGAUGCAGCCGUGCUUUUCUGCAUUGAGUCUCAGUGGCUGUCCUGCAGAUCAGAAACAUGACUUCAGAUCAAUUAUUGUAACUAAAAGGUCAUAUUUCACAGAUAUUUAUGCAAUAAUACAUCAAAUGUGAACAUUAAAGCACAAAGUAUAAGGGAUAGAGUCUGCUUUAUUGAUCUAGCAAACACAGAGAGUCAGGAAGACAGCAGGGUUUAGUAUGACAUGAUAAACCAAAGCCCUUCUGCGACCUUUAGAGAGCAGCAGACAUUCAGACUGCAUCUGUGUGUGUGUGUGUGUGUGUGUGUGUGUGUGUGUGUGUGUGUGUGUAUGUGUGUGUGUGUGUGUGUGUGUGUGUGUGUGUGUGUGUAUGUGUGUGUGCCUGAAACCACAGCCUGCAGGGGUGCUGGAAAACAGAAUAAUAAGUGGAAUGACAAGUGAGUCGUAUUUCAUGUGAUUGAAGGUCAUUUGGCCUACACACUGAAUCAUCAGUCCUUCUCCUCCUCCUCCUCCUCUUUUUUCAUGUCUUCCGCUCAUCCACAUGUCUGUCACAUCAUCUCGAGUAUUAAAUGUUUUGACCCUCACAUGAACAACAGGAUGCUCUGAAUGCAAUCCAGGCCAGACAGUUUGUAAGUCAUUGUUGGUCAUUAAAAUCUGGAUGCUAGAUUUCUUACCAAGCUUUUAUUUUGCAACUUUGACCAUGCAACACAUUUAAGAUUUGGCAACUACCUUAUAACUUAUCCAGACGUGAUAUUUCCAGUUUAGUUCAUAAGGAACCAUCUACAUCAAUCUAAACUGAUUGGAGGAAAUGCACAGCUCUAGAUAUGGAUUAGGUAUGUUUAAAUGAGUCCAUAAUCACCUGUUUUUUAUUUUAUCACUGAUUUGUUUUGGUAGCUUAGAAUUGAGCUCUUUAUACUGUAUCUAAAUGAAGCAGUGGUCCCUUCCAUGAAGUUGUCAUCUUGCACCACCAUGUUUCUACCGUUGCACAGAAUGGACAAACUUUAUGCUGUUCAAUGAGGGGCCACAGAAAAUGCAGCCAUUGGAAAACAUAGAAAAAGUGACUAACUUAUGGUAAAAACUGAACACAUGAGGGAUUAUAUACAAUAUACAUGCAUCACGAGAGCUUCUUGUCAUAGAAGGCCACCGUUGCUUGUAGAGGUUUUAGCAAGGGAGCAUUUCUAUCAAGACUGUGACCUCUAUAUACCCUAAGUAUUCUCAUUUCUACUCACUGUACCUUGGAUUUUGAUGAUAAUAAUUACUGAAUACCAGUCGCUAAGCCUUUUCAAGCCUUUACUGAAAAAAAUAAAAACAUGAUUUAGGAGUAUAUGUAAAUGAUACCAGUUGAUUUUACCUGCUGUUUAGCUUUUUAAGGCUUGUUAAUACUUGCUAACUCUCUCUUUCCGUAUGCUCACUCUCCCUGCUCUCCUCUCUCCACUAGUGGCUGCAUGAUAGUUUGAACUACUGGAACACAAAAUGCUGAAAGCAGUCUCCACUUAACAUUUUGCAACAUCUGCAACUUCCUCACACUCCCUAAUAUUGUAGUGUGAAGAUUGGAGCUUCAAAAGGUGUUGAGUUAUUGGUUACUGACCCUGGUGUGUGUUGGUCCCCCCAAAAACAAGGUCAGGUGAAGGACUCUGGGACAUAUUCUUGAUAAUUUUUCAACAAUUCAGCUGUUUCUGACCUCCAUUACUAAUUCUUUCCUCUACCUGAUGUUUACACUUUGCUCAAAUGUGUUUCAGGAGAGGGGCACUAGUUUCCUCUCAUGAGCUCAAUGUUAGUGAGCUGUUUCCAGGAUAUCCAGGCCACACCAUCAGCUCACAAACAUCGUUCCAUUUUAAUUGGAUGUUGCUGCUUUUGUGAAUUGGUGUAAUUGGAGGCAUUGACACAGUUUUAUGAGCACAGUGAUAUUUGAACCAGGUCAUUUAAUCUUUUACAGAUUUCAAAACAUGAAAAUGCAUUUUGUUUUUAUAUGAUAGCACCACUGAACUCUGGAUUGUUAGUUUGUUUUAUAGAGGCCUGAAUUUAAAGGACUUGUAUGAAAAUGUUACAAAGGGAAGAGGAGACAUGUAUGAGAGUGAAAAACCCUCUGAGAUGAAUCAGCCCUUUAAUGAAGCUGAAAGAAAAUGACAAAACACUGACACACACACACACACACACACACACAGAGAGAGAGAGAGAAUACAAAGACACAGCUCGAAACAAAGGGGCUUUCUAUAAAGACCUGUGGCAUCCACUCUGAAGGACUCCACUGUACUCUGCAUGAUUACAUGUAUGCUUACGUGUGUGUGUGUGUGUGUGUGUGUGUGUAUAUUGUAUUGUAUAUGUGUCUAUUUGUGCCCCCUCAUAUAAUCAGAUGGACAGUGUGGUAUGUGGAAAUAAUAAAGAAUGUAUAGGCAGCGCUCGCUCUUUUUGUAUCCUAAGACUGGAAUGUGGAUCAUACAAAAUAGCUGUGGCCCCUGCUUGCCCUCUUUGGGCCCCUUUUUCUUCCCCUUUCCCCCUUCUUUUUUUAUAAUUCUUUUUAUAAUAAAUCAUCACAGAAAGUCAGUGUUGGAAAAUAAGUAUUCAAAUCAACUGCAAAUGCAAAUUAGAUUUUAUAUUUAUUUAGAAUAACUCAAGUUUAAUCAGCUAGAUUUAAUUCACAUAUAGAUGUCAGUCAAGCAGUUAACGGGUUUAUCAUGUCGAUCAUUUCCACAUAAAACAUUCACAAUAAAUGACAAGUCAGCAGGAUGAGAUUUUUUUGUCAAGACUGCUUUGUCCUGAGGGGCACCACAAAUGGCACAAACACAGGAGCUUUCAUCUUGGUAGAUUUUUCUGCGAAGUACGACUGAAUCUGACAAGAAUGUACAUUUUUAGUACCUGGUCAUUAGUGAGAGUAUAGUGCUGGACGAAAAAUGAUCAAAGAGGACACUAAACAAAUCUUUCAUCCAACAGCAGUCAAAGUUAAAGACUGGACCUGAGGUGUUGCAUGACAGGAAACGAAGGACACAACUAUAUUUUAAUCAUAAGGUGUAUGCAGCGGUGUAACAACAUUUGUGACCAUCGGCUAUGGAAAAACAAACUGCUUCCAAUUUGAACAGGGUCUGAAUCAGUGCUGGUGCCAGCCCAGAAUUAGCACCAGAUUCAUUUAAGUGGAAAAGGGGUUAUAAAGGAUGAGCUGAUGUGGAAAACGGCUAUGUACCCACCUGUCAGUCAACUCAGCUAUGCCCUUAAUUGUAAAAAAAGAUGUUUGAACCAGGCUGUGAAUAUGUCUCAUUUUUCUUUUAAAAAUGGGACACCAGUGUCAAUGGCGAUUCCUUUGCUUUUGGAGCCAGCCUCCAGUGGACACAUGAGGAAAUGCAGUUUUUUGUGCCUCUUUGAGGGUGCCAUUUUUCACCAAUGUACUUGCAGCUUAGGUUUUAUUCUUUUUGAAAACCAAUCAUGUUACUUUGUGCUUUAAAUUGUGACAUUCCAAUAGCACCCUGCCAGGAGACUGCAGAAGUAAAUCAACUUUAAGCUUUCUCUGGUGCAGUGCAGCCAAAUGUGACAUUACUGUUGUACAUAGUGCACCGUCCCUUUCAAAUAAAACGCAAAGUAAACACAAACAGUGGGUCACGUCUGAAGUCUAAAGCACUGCAGUGUUUCAGUCGAGCUCAGCUUGUUGUGCCACAGUGUCAUUAUGGAGGUGAUAAGCUGCUCACUUCCAGCUGCAUCUGCCUCAUCAGCACAAAGUGUGCACUGACUGCAGCUCCACACAAACAGACACUACAAAAACACACAAAAUUGAACCAUCGGAUGACACUUGCACAUGGAUCACUUGAAAGGAGUGACUUAGAAUUCCCUGUGUGAAUAUUAAUACAAAUGUGUUAUCUUUGUUCCCAGGCAAUGGAGAGCAAGCUGCUGGUUGGAGGAAAGAACAUCAUGGAUCACACCAACGAGCAGCAGAAGAUGCUGGAGAUGAAGAGGCAGGAGAUCGCAGAGCAGGUAAACUUUUCAUAUCGUUAAUCAAAUGUGGAGGAGAUGAAUGCAUGAAUCACUGUCUAAGUGAGCUGUCAAUUAGAUGAAUGACUCAUGCACUUAACAGCAUUAGUUAAGCUUUUGGAGGAGAAUAUCUGUGUGUCGUUUGCAUAGCAAGAAAUUUAUCAGCAAUUAAUUUAAAUAUUUGACCAAGGGGCAGCAUAUAGAUAGAAAGCAAAGCUGGACCUGAAACUAAACCUUGUGGUACUCCACAAAUAAUGCUAGUGAUUGAAGAGGACUAGUUACCUACGUUGACAAAAGUCACAGUUUCUAUGGCUGAGAUGAUGUGCUACAGAGAUGUUGAUGUCUCUGUUUUCAGACUCGGAGUGAGAGGGAGAUCCAGCAGCAGAUGUUGGUCCAGGAUGAGGAAACGGUGGAGCUGAGGGAGACUUUCACCUCUCUGCAGCAGGAGGUGGAGGCCAAAACCAAGAAACUCAAGAAGGUAAAGAUGCUAAGAUACAAUACCUGCACCAGAAAUUAAAGAUACAUUUUGACUGUAAUUCAGGCGCCCACCAAAUGAACAGACUUAUCAAAAUAACAAUAGUGAAGAACAAUGGUGUACUAGUGUUUUUUAUUCCAUGCACACAAACACUCGCCCUUCUUUUUUGUUCCUAAUGUUGCUAUGUCCCUUUUUACCCCUUGAACCCUGCCCCGGAACCUAAUGACCCCCUGCCUCGGACACACGCUCCGUCCGGAUACACACACUUAAAAUCCCAGUACCUUAAGGUUUGUCCUGCCGUUCCCCCGCCUGUCCUGGAUUUCUCCCUCCAGCCUCUUCACACUUUCAGUACUAACCUGCUCAAUCUGUUUUCCCUUCCUCGUCAAAUCAAUCCCCCAGUAACAAAAAACAAACAUUGAAACCUUUCAAACCCCUCCCUGCUCCACUCACUUCCCCAUCCGGUGCACGGCCAGCAGGACUAACGCCAAACCAGCCAGUGUGUGAGUGUGGUUGACAAUGUGACUAAUGAUCCUGUGCUGAUCUUUGCUCCUAUGAUGCCCUCUAACGCAUCCUGUGUGACAUCGUCCCAUCUCCCUCUGCAUGGUGACGACUGUGGAAAAGAAAAAGAGGAGGACUGAGGGAAGAAGCUUUUGCAGUGUGAUUUCAGAACUCAGAUGUAAAGCUAGAACAACCUCAGACCUUCUUGAGCGAGGUUUUAAAAGUGGUACCUAUUACUGUGACAUAAUAAAAGUUGAGACUGAAUAUUUUUUUUUAUUUGUGUUACAGAAAAUAUAUUUUUAUCAUUAAUUUAAAGCCAGAAACAGUUGAGACAGGAGGCGACGAAACACUGUAAAAAAUAAGAUCACUGGCUGAUUCAGAGAAUCUGGAGAAGUGUCUGGAACAAAAGGGACAGAAUUUUUUUUUGCCUUUAUGGAUAGGACAGAAUGGAAAUAUAGGGGGUGGGGGGGGGGGGUUGAAAUCUCAUGAUUAGGCCUGUCACGAUAACAAAUUUUGCUAGACGAUAAUUGUGCUACAAAUUAUUGCCGAUAAACGAUAUUAUUGACACCGAUUUUUAAAUUAUAGAUAAUGAUAUUAAAUGGCAUAAUAAUGCGAGUACACCCUGUCAAAAGUGAUAAACUUUAAUUUCACCCACGACGAAGACGUAACGUUGACGAGCUAAACAUAAGUCGGAGAUGACUAAAAUGUGACGAGACGAAAGUGCGUUUACGUUGAUGGGACGAGACGAAAAUGACGAACAGAGUUGCAAAACUCAGUCAUUUAAACGCUAAACAUACAGGAGCAGCUUAGGUCCGCUCUGACAGCUCUAAUCAGCCUGCUGUGCUCCUCCAACACACAGACACACACGCGCGCGCGCACACACACGUGGAGUUUUGUGGUUGACGAAAACAAAAUUGGUUUUAAGCCGAAAUAUUCCCACACUUGGGCUGUUGCGUUCGGUUUAGACACCAAAGCUGUCGUGUUCAUUCUGUUUGCUUGCUUUUCACUCACGACGCUCACUUGCAGCACUGUAUCCAAAAGUCUGUGUCUGUGUGCCUGUGCGCGCCUACGUGUACCUGUGCGCGCCCCCCCCCCGUGACAAAGAUACUGAAUGACUGACAGGAGGGUUCACUAACUCCGUUCAUUCCGCUAUAGAGCCAACGACCCCAGGUGCCGAGAACAAUGCGCAGAGUGAGACCUCUUCUCUCAUCCAGCGUGUUUGGUAGCGAGAGAGGAGGAAAACAAACGCACGUCAAUUAUCGAGGCUGGCAAAAUGACCGACCUCGUUUUUAUUUACCGAGCGACAACGCGAUGUAUUGAUCAUCGCGACAGGCCUACUCAUGAUUAACUUUACAACCCCUUUGGGUCCAGGUUGCAAGAAGUAAGACUUAGUUCCAGAUUCAUCUUUCGGGCUAGAGCCAGGAUUAGCAGACUUAAAGCUCAUUCAGUCUGCCCCAAGCUAAAACAAACAGUGAAUAGAGAAAAAACUCAAACGCAGGAGGGAAAGAGGAGGAAGAGCUGUGAAGAGGGAGUGCUGCCAUGGUGCUGUACUCUGAUUGGUCCCCUUUUUCUCCAGACACCAGGGCCUCCAUUGCUGUUUCUAUGGGCAACGAAGCUGCAGCGAGUUGGAAACCAGUUCAUCAGCAACUGAGCUGCACUGGGUGACAUUUCCCCUCCUCAGCCUUUUUGUUUAUUUCUCUCUCUCUCCCUUUCUCUUUCUUUCUUUCCUCGUAGCUUUAUGCCAAGCUGCAGUGCAUCAAAGCUGAGAUCCAGGACGUGAACGACGAGCACGUGAGAAGUCGGCAGGAGCUGGAACAAACUCAGAACGAGCUGACGAGAGAGCUGAAGUUCAAGUGAGUCAAACAAAGAAACAUACAGGGGAGUCGACAGAAUCAGCAGAUAUGCCGGGACGGAUCAGCAAACAUAGAGUGUGCUCCUGUCAGAAAGAAACAUGCCAUGUAGGAGUUUCAUUAUUUGGAAAGAUGGAUGCUGCAGGAAGCCGGAUGUCGGAAUAUGGAAAAAAAAACGCUGCCUCAUUAAUUUGAUUCUUAUGCGAACAUAAUACAAAUCCUUUCCUGAUGUGGUCGAUGCAGGAUGGGCCUAUAACAAGCGUUUUAGUGAAUGCUCUUUUUCCUGUUUCAAGGGUGCUGACAGAGAUGUAUUUCCAGAAACGCUCUUUUUUGUCCCUUCUUGAUAUUUUUAUGCCCAAAAAAUGUGCAAAAUAAAGCCCAGAUUAAAAAGUACCAGAUAACCUUUAAAAAGGCUGAACAGGUGCAUUUACUCUAAGUCCAAACAAAAAGAAAAAUAGAAAAAGAAGUUCAUAAAUCUGUAUUUGAGUAAUUUUGCAGACACAAACAUGCUCCUGUCUUAUUCAUUGCCUCUGAUACCCCUCAUAUUUAACAUUUGCAUUACUCUGUGUUUUCUACAUGCAGAUAUCUGAUCAUCGAGAACUUCAUCCCCCCUGAGGAGAAGAACAAGAUAAUGAGCAGGCUGACCUUUGACCCCGAGGAGGAUCAGUGGAAGUUUCAGCCUCUUGUUCCAGCUGAAAGGUUAGUGUUUGGAAAUUCCCAUAAGAUCGACAUAAUGGACUUAAAAUGUGUUUAAUUGGAGUCAGAGUUCAUCACCUUUUAACCUCAGUACUCGCUGCCAUUAACUUCUUUUCUCUCAUCUCUUUCCUGCUGUCUGCUCUGAUUUUCAAGUUAUGACUUCAGAAUCUCAAGAACUCUUACGGGUCAUACAUGCAGAUGUUAGGUUUUUGCCUACGGUGAAAUGUGGCAUAUACCUCAUUAUAUAACUCAGUAUGUUACAUAAUGCGUUUUGAAAUAGAUUAGAGGGUGUCAGUUAUUACAGCUUGUCAGAGCACAAACUUAUUUUUACUUUAGCAACAGCUUUAACAACAACAACAAAAGCAUGAUCUUAACAAAUAGUGAAUGAAGAAUACACCAGUGUCUGAACUAAUUUUGUCAAGUACCUGUUUUUCUGCAGUGUGUCAUUUCACUCUAUCUCUAUACUAUGUGAAGAGACAGCAUUAUUUGGGCGUCAAUCACAGACAAAACUUGAUAAAUGAUGAAUUAUAUAAAGGCCAAACUGGGGUAGGAUUGAGGUAGAUGGAGGAUCCAAACUCAGCACCCGAAUAUCUUUUAGAGAGGGUAGGAAAGAGAGCAGAAUAGGCAACUGGGUGAAAGAGACAGGGCUGACAUGUAGCAAAGGUUCAGAGGUUGAAAUCACACCAUGGGGCACAAUUUAACCACAAGGCCAAACUAGCACCCUCACAUUAGGCUGUGAUAUAAAUUUAAAGCUCCUGUAAGGAGUUUAAAGCUGGCUUAUAUCAGUAUUAACGCUUCUUUCUGAUUAUUUCUGAUCUGCAAAAGCACAAAAGACCAUCAGCUGAAAGAUUCAUCAUUUGUAUUUCAUCAUUUCUAGUUUUUAAAAAUUCUUGUAGCAGGGUUGUCAGACAAGGUGGUUAAAGACACCUGUAAAGAAAGUCCUUUUUAACAUCUUACACAGAAAAAAAGUUUCUAUAUGCAUCUUGCAAUUGAAUGUUGGAAGACUGCAGAGUUUUUUCUUAAACAACACCACUUACACAUGUUAAGCAAAAAAACUACAAAUACUGUUGACAAGAACUUUAUUGUCCACAGGGGAGGCCAAAGUCAAAGCAACCGGAACAUCCCCACAGAAGCUUCUAUGUUUAGAUGAUCUUUGCUACAAAUAUGCUGCUUACUGACUUCAACCCAUGUUGUGCAUUCGAAGCAGGAAAAGAAAUGAUUAAAAUAACAUGGAAAAGGCUCACUUACAUAUGUAAUAAAUUAUCAUAUUGGACUGAGUUGUAAGUGUUAAAGGCUUUGGUGUGCCAUCGCCCUGCAGGGACUGAUGGAGGGGAAGCACUUUUGAACGACCAUGCAGAAGGAGAAGAGAUUUGGAUCCUGUUUCUUUCUUUUUCAGCUUAAGCUCCACAAAGACUCCUUUUACCAUUUUCAUGUUGUUCAUUUCUAAGUGACUCCCACUUCCUCUCUUUCUCCCUCUUCAGUAAAUCCUCACAGAUGAAGAAAAGGCCAGCAUCUGCGGUUGGAUACAAACGCCCCAUAAGCCAGUAUGCCAGGGUCGCCAUAGCUAUGGGCGCUAACUCCAGAUACAGAGUGAGUAUGAGAGCAUUUGUGUCUGAGUAACUGUUGUUAAAUUCAAAUUCUGUCUUAUUGUGGCUGUAAUGUAAUCAAAGAACAUAGCUUUUAGUAGAAGCAAGAAAUGGGAGAUAAAGAGUAAAAAGAGAGAGUUAUUCAGAAAGAUGCCAAGUGUAUGAAAAUCUUGGACCUCAGCCUGAAGGGCCCCUGAUGAUAAGCUUUAGGAUAAUAAAGUUAGACAGUAAAUGGUCUUAAAUCUACUUUCAUGUCUAGAAGUAUCUGUAUUUUUCAGCCUUUUUAUAUAAUAAUGAUUUAAAGCUGUUUAAAUAGAGAUGAACAACCAACUUAGAUGAUGGUUUUACUGAAUAAAAGCACUUUUUUAACCUUUAUUUUUAUGAAAAUAUUCAGUUUUUCAAAAUACUUGUUAAAAGUGAAAUAAAGGAAGAGAACUAGAAAAGAACAGGAAAGGCACAGAUGGAGAAAUAUACAUACAAAUAAAUUAUUGCACAGGGAGGGAAGAGUCAUAUUAACAAUGUGUACAUUUCAAGAGGUAGGUGAAUAAAAAUACUUCCAUUAACCACAGCUGAUAUUGUCUGUAGGCUGAGAAUAUCAUGUUUCUGGAGCUCGACAUGACCCCUCCAAACACUGCCUCACUGGAUUGCUCAACAGAGGCGGAGUCGAACCAAAGUCACUCUGUGGACAGCUCUCCCACCAAGGACAGAGGAGUCCACAAGUCUCGCUCCUGGUGAGUCUGAACCCAGCGGACCAGAAUUAGACUGAUGUCGCAAGAGCAGGCUGAUAAUGUCCUCUGUGAGAGAGCUCAUCACACCUACUCUACUGCUGCAUGUUGUCUCAGUGAUAAGAAAAUUAGAGUCCAUACAAUUUCUGUGUAUGACCAAGUGUGACCUUUGUUUGACUUAAUUUAUGGUCCUAAUAGUUUGCUCAAUUAUUUAGCCCACAUUGUGAUUCAGUAAAAUAGUUUUUCAAUUGCUUUUGUUAAACUAUUUGACAGAGUGAUUAGGACACAUUUUUAUAAAGAGUAGAUUUAGAUUUUUUUUUAAAGCUUUGUCAAAUUAUUUCCUCAUGAGAAUAAAGUCAUAGCCAAAUCAUUAUUGGCAUAGGCAGUUGGCUGCUUACUGUGAACCAAAAUACAACUUUAUUUUGACUUUACAGACAAUGUGACCAAUCUGUAAUAUUACUCCUUGAUUAUCUUACAACUUUAUUUUGUGAGGGAAUAAUUUUCUCACACCCUCAGUCUCCACAGGAAAUGAUUUUACUAUGACUUUAUUCUUCUCAAUUAAUCAAUCAAUCAGUCUUUAUUAAUAUAGCUGAUCUAGACCAUACUCUACUCACAAAGACCCAAUAAAGAUGGGGUCAGAUUGAGCCUCAUCCUGCAAGAUCAAAUUUACUCCCAUCCUGUCUUCAACCACAUGAGUGAAACACUUGACAGCCUUUAGCAAGUUACAGUGGAGAGGUAAAACAUCCUUUAACUGGCAGAAACCCUGAGUAGAACCAGACUGACAUUAAACAGUCAUCUGAUGCUACUUCAGGUUUUAUCACUAUCUUGUGACACAAUGAUUUUUUUUAAUCUCUUUAGUCCCAUGAGAACAUGAUUUUUCUAUGACUUUAUUCUUAAAAAACAGUAGAUCUUAAUUCUUUUUUCCGUUUCUUUUCUUUAUUGUGGCCAAACACCCUCCAUUGUAAAAAUAAGUGAACCAUAUAGAGAGUUUGGUUUGUUACGAUCUUAACUGUUCUCUAAGAUAGAGAAUAAAAAGAGGAAGUUUUACAGCAGAAAUGGAUCAACAAGUUUCACUGUCAUUUUUCAGCUGCACAUACUGUGAUCUGAUUCAAGUAAGUUCAUUUAGGGGUCAGAAAAUGUUUGAUUUUUAAUGGCUCAGCCUGACUGUUGUACAAAGCUGUAAAAGCUGACAUGUUUUUAUCCCAGGUUAUCAUAGGUAUUCAUAUGUCCUCAAUUUGUGGUGAAAUUCCUACAUUAUGAUUUAUACUGUAUAUUCUGUCAUCAUACAAUUUGACAUCAUACAUCUGCCUUACAAAUACAACUUGAAGUGAAGUUUGAAUAUGAUAAACCUGCAGUUACCGGUCUGUAGCUCACUGUAAAAGGUUUAGAGUCAGUGUGUCUCUGAAUGAGAUUAUUCAAGAUUAGCUAUUCCCUCUCCAGGCAGUCUAAAGCUAUUAUUUUAUCUCUUGUAUGCUCAGCAGGGUGAAAUCUCAAUGUUACCAGAUAAGCUUUUUAACCUGUCGCCAGAUUGAAGGCAGAGAGAUUAAACACUGCAUUCACUUGGGAAUGAAUGUUUUCUUCCUUUUUUUUUGCAGGUGUCAGACUCAAAAAUCCCUCUCUACGUCUUCCUCCAAUGUUUCCCUGUCAGCAUGUCACACUGCCACACCUAUGGCGGCUAAGUAAGCUUUAGCAGAGAGACAUUUUUUAUUGUUAUUUAUUUGAUUCCUUUGCAUCCUGAAAGACUUCUCAAUGAGGCCUACAGCUGGGAACACCACCUUCUCUAAAUCCUGACAGAAGAACCAUCACGUUUAAAAGACAGGACACUCUGGACCUCUCUCAAGACCUCCUCUUCCCUGCAUGAGCCUCUGAUCAUCCUCUGUAAACACUGGCUUGAACCAGACUGUGUGUGUGUGUGUGUGUGUGUGUGUGUGUGUGUGUGUGUGUGUGUGUGUGUGUGUGUGUGUGUGUGUGUGUGUGUGUGUGUGUGUAUAUUAUCUGUAUAUACAGGGCUGUAUGAUUGCCUGUUUGUGUUUCUAUAUGUGACCAAUACAGCUUGAAUUGCCUGUAAAGUAACAGUGUAGAUAGUCCAUGUGUUUGGGGUAUUUUCCAGGCAGGGUUUGUCUGUUUGACUGAAUUGAUUCAUAAAGACAACAGUUUGUGUUCAUUGAUUGUAUUCACAUUGCAGCAAUUUUCUUUUGAUGUCAAGCUCUGGGUGGUGAUGAUGCUGAACUCCAGGGGCUGGGUUCAAAGUUCCCAAAUAAAUCAGCAACUGUAAAAGCAAUUUAUAGAUGAAAUGCAGGAUAUAUAGCUUGAUGUCUAUCUGAAUAUUUACCAUAAAUAAUAAUUUUUGGUCAUUGUUUAACAAGAGAUGAAUCACAAAAUAUUGCCAGUUAUAUACAGUUUAUAAAUUUAAAACCACAAACUUGUUUCAGUAACUUCCAAGCUGAAAUAAAGCUGCAAAACAUGUCUUUUUCUACCCUGAACCUGACUUCAGAGAAAACUGGCUCCCAUAGUGGUAGAUGAAAUUGUCAAUGAUGGUCAGAUGAGGUGCUAUGAAACCUGAAUGAUGACCUGUAUCACAAAUGUCUCCCAUUAGUCAACAUCAUCUCACGUUAUCUUUGUGAAAACACUGUAUUUUAAAAGUGGACCACACCACUUUAGUGACUUCCAUUGGUCCGGGAUUUUUUUGUUCCACGUUGCAUCUGGAGGUAGAAGUGAAGUAUUUGGACUACAGGGUGGACUCAAAGAGAAUCAAGGAGCUAGGAAAUGCUGAGAUGUCAGCCAAAGCCAGGACCUGUUUUUUAGCAAGGUACACCGAUGAUAUUGAAGGGUAUGCUAAUUUUAUCCAAUAAGACAAAGGCUGUAACCAGAAUUUGCUCAGUUCAGAGUUUGACUGGAAAGUCGGCUCAGUCCUGUUGUUUGGACCACAGUCUGCACUCAGGUGUGUUCAGUUCAGGGUCACUGGGUUCAUUACCUGUUGGAGGUUAAGAGGAGCAAACAGUGGGGGGUUAGGCUGACUAAUUAUCUCUGUAUUAUUGAUGAGAGAUCCUAUUACAGAUGAACCCCCUGCAGGCUCUAAGAGCAGGUCUUUAACAGGGGUUAACACAACAUGCAUUGGCAAUGUGCCGCAUUUAUAUCAAGUUUUAUUCAUCUGUAUGUGCAAAAUGAAUUAUUUCCAAACUUCAAAACAUACCACUGAUGAUAUUUUCUUAAUUUAUGACAAACACACUUCUCCAAAAUUAAUGUGGGUGGCAGUAAAGGGUUGUUUUGGAUUAACUACCACACUCUACCAAAUUCAAAGCCAUUUUUGAUAUUUUAGAAGCACAAAUACAUCCAUGAGAGUACUAGUGCUAACUUGAUUUAUUGUGAAACACAGUUGAAAGAUAGAAUUUAGUAUCAAAAGCAUAUUUUGGAAAGAUUUUUCCUUUUCUUAAAUUUUCCUCAUGUUUUUGUGCAGGUAAAAACGUCUGAAAAGAACUUGAGGAGACAACAAAUGGCGGUAAAUGUGACUGAAAGGACUUUUUCCCCCUCAGUUUACUCAGAUUCGUAUUUCAGAGAUGCAUCACAUGUAAAGCAUGACUGGUUUGCUAUGUAUUUGAUUACAUCAUUACUGUUUAUUCCGGUGCAGCCAAUAAUGGUUUUAUGGGUUGCUAUAUAUUAUAUCAAUAAGACCAAUAAGAAGAAUAAAAAUAAGCAUUAUAAGAGACCAAAAACCAAAAGUGAUGCCUAUAUUUGUAAGAGGGAUAAGAGGGUCGAAAUAAAACAAGUUAGAAUAAAAAGAGCUAAUCUUUACAGAGAAGAUAGAGCCGGGAGAUGUUUCAAUAAUUUGAAUGAGAGACUUUUUUUAAAUCAGCAAUUUAAACCAAUUCAGCAAAUUGGCAUCAAGCGCUCCCUCCCCCUCUCUUCCUCUCUCUCUCUCUCCCUCUCUCUCUCUCGCCCUCCCUUUCUCUCUCUGGUACAAACCACUCUCAGAUGUUUAUAGUGAAUUUUAAAUCUGCGGUAGUCCACUUUCUUUCCUGUCCCAGCCCUUUACAGAAGCAAACUGAGGGUUUUAAGUGUUUAGUCAACAGUGAAUGGGUUUGUAAUUGACCCAGUUUGUUGUAAAGAAACAAGUGUAGAUUUUGAUGCAUUAAGGCCUCAUGAAAUGUUCAUUUGUUGUGGGUAUGAUGGUGAAAAUGAGGGUAAAAAUAUGUGCAGUUGAACCUUUAACGAAGUGAAUGAUUGAACAGAAACGUGUUUUACUGAGUACAUUGCACAUUUUAUAUUCAUGUUUGUGUUGGAUUGUUUGGAACAUGGGAGCGUCUUUCAGGCUACAUUUCUGUAAACUGUCACUGAAUAAAGUUGACGCAAAAUUCCCCAAAAAACAAGGCUAGAGUACUAACACCAGCUUCUUCAAAUAUUCAUACAGUAUGCUGAUUAAUUCGCUCUGUUUAAUGCAGUGUCAGUCAUCCCCACUGCCUCAGGAUAUCAUCAUUUCGGUCGUAAAAUAGGGCAAGCAGUGAUGCAGGGACAGACAUGAUUGGUUUCAAAUUAAAUUAGUAAAAAAUUUGAUGUUUUCAUGCCUCAUAUUUCCCAUGUUUUUUUGUUUUUUUGUCAUAUUAAAUCUGUAAAAUCAUCCGCACAUUUGUAAGAUACUGAAAAAAUGUGCGUGCGUGAGCAAGUGUGUAAGAGAGAGAGGGGGGAUGGAAGGAAGGAUGGACUCAGGAAGUGGAGGAGGUGAACACUGAGCCUGUUUCCAUGGCAACCUGGCUGUGAAAGGUGUUGAAACGGGGCUCAAGGGGGGUUGUGUAUCUAUAUGUAUGUAUGUAUGUAACAUGUCGGGCCAGACUGGCUGAGCCAAAGUCUGUCUGACAAAAAAAAAGAUAAUAAAGACACUGUCACAGGCACCUGGC